ACUUCGUCAGCUGUUCCCUGAUCAUCUAUUUCACAAUUCACAUUUUGUUUUUAGAAAUUCUUGAUUUACCCUUGCAUCAUAUUUUCGGUUCACGUGAUCUGAAAUUUGGAAUCACCAAAGUGACAGAGUCUCACUGCGUUACGUACCCGUACAACGUACCUACUGCUGUCUUGUUGUUUAGCCGUUUUCCAUCAGAAUGGUGUCAACAAAGCAUGCUGCACACGAAGAACCUGCUGUGGGACCCGCCAUAUGCAUGAAACAGAUGCUAGCCAGUGGAGCCUUCAGUGAUGUGCGCUUCGCCGUUGGCCGUUAUUUUGGCGCAGUGAAAAUCUUUGAAGCUCACAAGAACAUCUUGGCAAUGCACAGUUCAGCAUUUCGCAACAUGCUCUACAGAAUUUUUCCCGACAGCUACGACGGCAGUAUUCCCAUUGACAUUCCGGAUUUUACUCCUGAUGCAUUCGCAAACUUGCUCAGCUACAUGUACACGGAUGAAGCGGAGAAUCUCAGCCCUGACAACGUUUUCGACACCAUGAAAUGUGCGGACAAGUACGACGUUGCGCCGCUGGUGCUAGCUUGUGCGGACGAGAUCGUCAGCCAGCUGAACGUUACCAACUGCUUAUCCACUUUGGAACAGGCAGUCCAGUGCCAUGCUGGUUAUAUUGUGGAGGAGUGCUUGAAUUUGCUGGAUGAGAAGGCUGAGGAGAUUCUGCGAUCGGAACACUUCACUAACAUCCGUCAGGACACACUGCGCACCAUACUGCAGCGCAAUACGCUGUCGGCUGAUGAAGGUGUCAUUUUCUUGGCUAUGGAGAGCUGGUCCGUCGAAGCCUGUAAGCGGAAUAACAUGGAACCCUCCGCCGUCAACCGUCGUCAGAUGCUAGGUGACGCAUUCCCACUUGCACUAGGCCGCUUUCCCAAGCUGGCUGAACUACCGGACGGUCCCGAGCCGAUUGGUGUAUUGAAUGGUAUGACGCCAAUGACGGUAUCGGACUUCGUAACUGCGGUAUUCCGGCUGUAUCGCAAUCGCCGUCUGUGCAGACGCCGGAUCGCAGCCGAGCUUUCUAAUGGCCUGGCGGUGACGAUAGACUGCCCAUUUUGAUUUUUCCGGACAUUUUUAUUUGUUGCACUGAGAAUGUGGUAAAAAAACAGAGUGGAACUGAUUUUGUUUUCUAUCAACAUGGAAUAUGGUAAUAGUUUUCGUGUUAAAUAAAUUCUCCUUCUGCGGCAUAAUAUGGAAUAAGGCGUUGGUAGUUUUUUCAGAUGGUGAUAGUCCCGCCUUUUAGACUUACUAGUCGCUUCUUGUUUUUUUUUUUAAUUUUUUAGCGGUAUCGGUUCAGGAAGAUGAUCAGUUUAACAAUUUGUUCGGUAAUAUAUGUUAGUAUGUUACUGAUUUAAAUUCUGAAUGCGGCUUGCUUGUUUAC